CCGGACCGUAGCGCUAGGCGGUUUGCACGUCCGUCCGUCGGCCCGUCGGUCCGCUCGUCCGCCGCGGGGCUUCACCCACCGGAGCGUUUGGGCCCUGUCACUGCUCCGGCGUCUUUGCGGCCCGUACGGCCGGCCGGCGCUUCAUCAUGGCGACGUUCAUUUCGGUGCAGCUGAAAAAGACGUCGGAGGUGGACCUGGCCAAGCCGCUGGUGAAGUUCAUCCAGCAGACGUACCCGAGCGGCGGGGAGGAGCAGGCCCAGUACUGCCGCGCGGCCGAGGAGCUCAGCAAGCUGCGGCGCGCCGCGCUCGGCCGCCCGCUCGACAAGCACGAGGGCGCGCUCGAGACGCUGCUGAGAUAUUAUGAUCAAAUUUGUUCCAUUGAACCUAAGUUCCCAUUUUCUGAAAACCAGAUCUGCUUGACAUUUACCUGGAAGGAUGCUUUUGAUAAAGGUUCACUUUUUGGAGGAUCAGUAAAAUUGGCUCUUGCAAGCUUAGGAUAUGAAAAGAGCUGUGUCUUAUUCAAUUGUGCAGCCUUAGCUAGCCAGAUUGCAGCAGAACAGAACCUGGAUAAUGAUGAAGGAUUAAAAAUCGCUGCUAAGCAUUACCAGUUUGCUAGUGGUGCCUUUUUACAUAUUAAAGAGACGGUUUUAUCUGCCUUAAAUCGAGAACCUACUGUGGACAUAUCUCCAGACACUGUUGGGACCCUCAGUCUUAUUAUGCUGGCACAGGCACAAGAAGUUUUUUUUUUAAAAGCCACAAGAGAUAAAAUGAAAGAUGCCAUUAUAGCUAAAUUGGCUAAUCAAGCUGCUGAUUACUUUGGUGAUGCUUUCAAACAGUGUCAGUAUAAAGAUACACUCCCCAAGUAUUUUUAUUUCCAGGAGGUGUUCCCUGUCCUGGCGGCCAAGCACUGCAUCAUGCAGGCCAAUGCUGAAUACCACCAGUCUAUCCUGGCAAAACAGCAGAAGAAAUUUGGGGAAGAGAUUGCAAGGUUGCAGCAUGCUGCAGAAUUAAUCAAGACAGUGGCAUCUCGCUAUGAUGAAUAUGUCAAUGUGAAGGAUUUUUCUGACAAGAUCAACCGUGCCCUUACUGCAGCAAAGAAGGAUAAUGACUUCAUUUAUCAUGAUCGAGUUCCAGACCUUAAAGAUCUAGAUCCUAUUGGCAAGGCCACACUAGUCAAAUCUACCCCAGUCAGUGUACCCAUCAGCCAGAAGUUUACUGAUUUGUUUGAGAAGAUGGUCCCGAUGUCAGUGCAGCAGUCUUUAGCUGCAUUUAAUCAGAGGAAAGCUGAUUUGGUUAACAGAUCAAUUGCUCAAAUGAGAGAAGCUACCACUUUGGCAAAUGGGGUGUUAGCUUCCCUCAAUCUUCCAGCAGCGAUUGAAGAUGUGUCUGGAGAUACUGUACCUCAGUCCAUAUUGACCAAGUCCACAUCUGUCAUUGAACAAGGAGGCAUCCAAACUGUUGAUCAGUUGAUCAAAGAAUUACCUGAACUAUUGCAAAGAAAUAGAGAAAUCCUAGAUGUGUCACUAAAAUUGUUGGAUGAAGAAGAAGCAACUGAUAACGACUUAAGAGCAAAAUUUAAGGAUCGCUGGCAAAGGACACCAUCCAAUGACCUUUACAAACCUUUAAGAGCAGAGGGGACCAACUUCAGAACAGUUUUAGACAAAGCUGUACAAGCAGAUGGCCAAGUGAAAGAACGUUAUCAGUCUCAUCGUGAUACCAUUGCACUUUUGUGUAAGCCAGAGCCUGAGCUGAAUGCUGCCAUCCCCUCUGCUAACCCAGCAAAGACCAUGCAGGGCAGCGAGGUGGUAAAUGUCUUAAAGUCUUUAUUGACAAACCUUGAUGAAGUGAAGAAGGAUAGAGAAAGUCUUGAGAAUGACCUGAAAUCAGUAAAUUUUGACAUGACAAGCAAGUUUUUGACAGCACUGGCUCAAGAUGGUGUGAUAAAUGAAGAAGCGCUUUCUGUUACUGAACUGGAUCGAAUCUAUGGCAGUCUUACAAAUAAAGUCCAAGAAUCUCUAAAGAAACAGGAGGGACUUCUAAAAAGUAUUCAGGUCUCACAUCAAGAAUUUUCAAAAAUGAAACAAUCUAACAAUGAAGCUAAUUUAAGAGAAGAAGUUUUGAAGAAUUUAGCUACUGCAUAUGACAACUUUGUUGAACUUGUAGCUAAUUUGAAAGAGGGCACAAAGUUUUACAAUGAGUUGACUGAAAUCCUACUCCGGUUCCAGAACAAAUGCAGUGAUAUAGUAUUUGCACGCAAAACAGAAAGAGAUGAACUCUUAAAGGAUUUGCAGCAAAGCAUUGCCAGAGAACCUAGUGCUCCUUCAAUUCCUACUCCUGCAUAUCAGUCCUCUCCAGCAGGGGGACAUGCAACAGUUCCUCCAACACCAGCUCCAAGAAGCAUGCCGCCUGCUAAGCCUCAGCCCCCAGCCCGGCCUCCACCUCCUGUGCUUCCAGCAAAUCGAGCACCUCCUGCUUCUGCUCCGCCUCCAGUGGGGGUGGGGACUGCUGCACCAGCUCCAUCACAGACUUCUGGCUCAGCACCUCCUCCUCAGGCCCAGGGACCACCCUAUCCUACCUAUCCAGGAUAUCCCGGGUAUUGCCAAAUGCCCAUGCCCAUGGGCUAUAAUGUCUACACAUACGGGUUUAACAUGCCAUAUCCACCAGUGUACCACCAGAGCCCUGGACAGGCUCCAUACCCAGGACCCCAGCAGCCUUCAUACUCCUUCCCUCAGCCCCCACAGCAGUCCUACUAUCCUCAGCAGUAAUGUUUCUGCUCAGAAGCUCAACUGGUUCAGUUCAGAGGGAAAGAAAUAUCAAUCCUGCAAUAAAGUGUACUAAACUCUACGCUCUGGUUAAUAUAAUGUACUUUACUGUACUGAAUACAAUGUAUUAUUUCUGUCUGCGGCUAAAAGCUGUGCCCCAGUUUCACAUUUGAUUGCACAUGUGAGAUUUUGCUACUGUUGCAGUAUAAAUACUAGGUAUAAUAAGAUUUGAAAUAAAUUACAUUAUAGUUGAUAAAAGUUGAAGAUGAGAAAUUAAAGCUGCCAGUGAGCCUUCUGAAUGAAGCUAGCAUACUUUUUACAUAUGAUGCAGUUGGGACAUCAGAUACUUAUGAAGAUGGUCUCAGUACUGAUAUUCAAGGAAACUAAAUUUUCUUUUCUCUUUUGGUUUCUUGAUUUGAUUUAAUUUCAUUUUGAUAUUUUGCAUAAUCAAGACAUUGUAAAUCUUAUAAUUUAAAAAUAAAUUACUUAAGAACAGUUGUCAUUGUUAUGUUUGUCAUUGAUUCUCAUUACUGUCUAAUUUCUUUCUGGUAUUAGUCUCUCAUUUUGUAUGUUCACAAGUUAAACAUACUGUGUUUAAAUGCACAGGCAGUAUAAGUUAACAGGUAGAAGGGCAUUUUAUAAAAAAACCAAAAGGAUAGUAUCUUAAUUUAUUUUUUGUAUGUUCAUUAAUUAAUUUUGACAAUUGUUUUAAGAAGUUUUAUAUUGUAGAAGAAACACAGUUGUUACCAAAGAUUCUUCGAAUGAAUAUAAUUCAUCUUUAAUGUUUUAUUGCUAACUUCCCCAAGAAAUUGAUACAAAUUCUGGUAAUCAUCCAGAAUUUUUCUUCAAAAUCUGAAUAAAAUAAAUUGAUGUCAUUGGCACUGUCUAUGUACAGUUGUUGGGAGAAAGUUUCCUGUACUCUUCUUCUAUUUUAUUGGCUUAAUCCAAUAACAAUGUUGUUGUUGACAAAGGUCUGAGCCCUUCUUUUUUUUUGGCUCCUCAAUUUUUGGGCUAUUUUGAGCACGCAGAAUAAUUGUUGAGAACAUGUACUAAUUGCAGAACAGGCUUUGUACUUGGUCGCUGCUGUGAGGAUAUUGAGUUACAGGAAAAACAAGACCCACCAUGGAAUGAGAAGGGAGAAAGGCACAAGCUGUCCAGGGUCACAGUGGGUCUGUUCUGUGUGGGGUUCCCGAGAACAGAUUUCCAAUGCAUCCAUUUGUGUUUAUUUUCUGAGUUUAAUGAUGACUUUCUGCAUUGUUUCAUUUAAAUGAUACUGUCUCUUAGUCCACUGUUGUUUUCAUUGACAAUUUAGAUUUAUAUUUUAAAUGUUAGAGUAAAGAUCUGAUUGUAAAAGGGAGUAAAUUGGUUGAAAAACAUGUAUAUUUUCAAGAAUCUUUGUUGUAUGUGGGAAACACAGACAUGUUUGAUUCAAUAUUAAUGAUGAAUAUUGAAAUUGGUUUAAGGUCCAGUGGUUAAACCUUGGCAAAUUACGUAUUAUUGCUAAGUUUUAACACUCUGGAUUCAUCAAAGUGUGAGAUGGGUUUAUUUGACUUUUCUGUAAAUGGUAGUUGAGGUACCUUGUACUGGCAUAAAACACUCAAGAGUUAGGGAUAUCCCAGAUUGCUAGUUUAUAUUUCCUAAUGCAAGAAUAAAAAAAAUUGGCCUGAAUAUUCUCUUGGGUAAAGAGGGCACUGAAAGAAAGAAGUGCAUCAGAGGGCCAAAAGAUCAUUGGAAAGCCAGUUAGUCCAUUCCCAGGCAAAGCUGGCCUGGUCCCAGACCCCACAGGAGAAUGAGUGAGAGAGCCCUGGAGGCAUCCUCUCCAGCAUGCCUCCCUGUCAGCUGAUAGCGAAGCCUUGGUGUGAUGUGGCAGCCCAGACCCAUCCUCUCGGCAGUUCAUACAUCCUUACAGUAUUUAACUUUCUUUAGGUCACCUGUUUUCUGUUCUAUUGACUAUCUUAUGGGUAAUUGGUGCUAGGUUUAUCCUCAUAGAUCUUUCUCAUUUUGGAAAGAGACAUAGAAAAAACUUCUCUUAUUUAGCAAACAAAGAAGCUUCCAUUUUUUUUACCUAAUGUUUUAGUCCUUUGCUUAGCUUCCUGUAUUCUACAGAAUACCCAUAAAGUUAAUGAUUAGUGCUGUUCAUUUGGAGGUAGGAGCGUUUCACUGUAUGGCUCUUGUAUGUUGUUCCCAUGUUUAUAAAUAGGCUUUUGUUGUUGCUCUUCAUAAGGGAACCAUCCUCAGGCCAUUUAUGUGAGGUUUUAGAAUGCUGUUAUAAAAUGGAUUGUACUUUAAAAAAAUGGAGCUAUGCAUAGUGGAAUUAGAAUUUGGGGAAAACUGCCUAAUUUCUAGUAUUCCUGGUUGGAGACAAAUGUCCUGAUUUCUGUCUUGUGCAAAGUUUUGGUCUACAGAAAGCUAUUUGCGUGCUGCUCGGACUUUAUUCCCAAUUGCGAAAAAGAGUCACAUUUCACUACAAAGCAAUCAGUCUAUAUAUGAUCCUGUAUCCAGAUUCCAGCCUCUUUGAAAUUUAUAUACCCUCCUAAAUGUAAGAGUUACAGAAAAAAAUGCUUUUCACAGUCUUGUAUCCUAAACACUGUACCAAUCAGCAGCUUUUCUUGUCAAAAAGAUGAAAAAAAGUUUUCCAUUAGAGCUUUACAGUUUGCAAAAGUGCUUUGUAUACCUUUCUAAUUUCCUAAGUAGGAUAAAAUAUAAUUUGUUAAGUAGGUUUCAGUUUUCUAAUGGUUUCCUUUUCUAAUUUUUAUUAGUAUAUCUUGAUGAGUCUUGCUAUAACCCAGUGACAUCUCAUUUUUGAAAGGCCUGCAGGUGUUAGUUUGAUUCACAGGAUAGGCAAGAUACAAAGCAGGACAGUCUGCUGUAGUGUUAUAAUUGCUGGUUUAAAUAUAGACUUUAGAGGUAAAUGGUUGAUUAUAAGAUUUACAUGGAAGAGCAAAGAAGGAAAAAUUAUAUUUUUAAAGAAAGAGAAUAUUCAGGCUUUAUUUCUGGUAUGAAGUUUAUAUUUUUUAAAGAAUCCUAUAUUAUCACACCAGAGAUUUUAGAUUCUUUUCUGCUUACAAACAUUGCUGGUAGUUGGAUUAUAUUUUUAUUGUAUUCAUUUCUCUUAGGGGAAAAAUUGUAAAGAAACAAAAAGAUUCCCAAUGAAUGUAUCCUAGAAAUAAAAGUUGAAAGAUUCUUA